AUGUCGGACUACGAGGCGCAGAUCAUGGACCCGAACGCUCGCGCCAGCGUGGAGAACCGACAGUACGACUUCGCCGUGAGUCUCAACUUUGGAGGAGAUAUACUAGACUAUGCGAUGAACGGAGGGGUGACGCUCACGCCGAGGCGACGGCGUAUCAGAGAAGGAGGACUGGUCGCGGAGUACGCCGUGGUGCUGAAUCGCCAGCCACUCGCGGACGUCGUCGUUCAGGCGGAAGACGUGCGGCUCGCAGACCCGAGAGGAGAAUUCGUUCAGCAGCUCCAGUUUUUGACGCCGCAGCGUGUGGUGUUCACGCCUGCGAACUGGAAUCGGGAACAGUACGUGCGUCUUGCCGCGGUGGACGACGAUCUAGCCGAAGGUAGGCACUACGCCGUCGUGACCCACUCCGUGGCUAGCGCCGACCCGAAUUUUGACGGAGAUGACACUCCUUUUCUUACGGGGCGCAAUGUAACGGUGCAGAUCGACGACAACGACCUCGCUGGAGUUUCGCUCUCGAGACAGCAUGUUUUCGUUGCUGAGGGCGGGGGCAAGGACAGCUACGAUGUGAUACUGACGUCUAGGCCGUGGCAUCCAGUUAAGGUCGUGAUCGUCCCCUUGCAUGGCACGCAGACGGCCGUCGCCCCAGUAUUAUCGGGCACAGCCGCAGAAGAUGGCUCCGCCGUGCUCAUUUUUCCGCCUGAAGACUGGGAUAAACCGCAGCGCGUGGUGGUGAGUGCCGUGGAUGAUUCCGAUUCGGAGGUGGAGUUCGGCGGACUUUACAACGGAGGCCCUCUGCUUCAUUACACUGAGAGCAAGGACAUCCGGUACCAUUCGCGUCGACCACAGUGCUUUGAUGUGCCGAACUGUGAUCCGUUGGAUUCGUCUCUGUGUAUAUUGUCCGAGGAAGAACUACAAGAUGGCCAGACUUCCGUUCGAGUGUGUGAUAUUACGAACGAGUGCGCGUUCGCACAAGGAAAUGGCGCGUGUAUUGCGAACGUCGUGAGCGGGGUCGGAGCUGUACCAGUACGCUUCGGAAAUCCACCGCUAGACCCUGGGAGUACCGAUGAUACUAUGGCAGACAUGAGCUACGCGACUCUUAUCGACAUGCUGACGUCGGAAUCAAACGAUACCGAUCUUAUGGCGUUAUCUGAUGCUGCGGUGGACAGAGACUUGUCAAAAUUGCACUUCGUGCCGCCCCCACCUGAGCUACGCAGCUUUGUGCUGAGUUUCCUCGGUCUGAUGAAUGUGGAGCAAGGUCGUAAAAUGAGCGCGAAUCCGAAGAACGUGGUGCACACGAUCUGUGCGGGGUUGGUUCGACUCGAGACUAUGCGCUGGGCGUUCGAGGAGUGGCCGAAAGGCUACGUGGUUCGCGUUCUCAACGCCGUAUUCGCAAUGUUUCCACAGAACUAUGCGUUGGAGAGGCAUUCUUGGAACUGUGGCAUGGCGAGCUUCCUCCCCAGUAACAGCAUCGAAGUGAGCGUCUGGGACAACGAUCCCGGCGUCACGCUGUCGACCUCUUCACUGGACGUUACGGAGGGCGACAGUGGCGGCUCUUUCUACGACGUGGUUCUGAAUGCGCCGCCAGCGAUCGGAGGUCACGCGCAGAUCGUCGCAAGUGCCGACAAAACGCAGAUCUCGUCCGUGUAUUGCUCCGUCAAGGAGUCGGAUGAGUGUGGAUUCUGGGGCAAGAACUUUGCAGCGCUCGCUCCUACCGUCUACGAUCAAUCUGCAUGGAGCUCACACAGCAUCCCCGCUCCGAACGUGAGCAUUGCGAUCGUGGGGAACUCGCAGGUGGCGAUAACACCGUCGAUCUUAACGUUCACGGCGACAAACUGGCUUCAACCUCAGCGCGUCGUGGUUCGUGCAGUCGACGAUGCAAUCGCAGAGCUCAACGCGAGCUACACGAUCUCACAUCGCGUGCAGAACUCCCCCUACGGAUACACGAACGCCACAGCAUUUUGGUUUCAAGGCACGAUCGCACCCGCUCGUCUAGAGCUGUACCCGUCGUGGAAUGCUGUAAGUGGGGGUGCAAUUCCUUACAAUGCGGUGCCAACCGUCAUCCACUCGCCAGAUCACACCCGUGUCAACGUUCUCGUGCGAGAUAAUGACGUGGCAAAGGUGAACGUGGUGGUCAACCAGCCCCAGGCAAAGCUUGCGACGAAAGAGGCGCGUGACGCAACGGACUGGGUGGGGGACUACAUCACAGCGCUGGGAUUUCACGACUUGUCGGUGUCAAGUACCGCUACAAGCAGCAAAACCAUCGAUUCAGCGCUCCAGAAUAUCCUCGUGUUCGCCUCCGGUGUCAAGACGUUCAUGAAGUUCCACCUGCCGCACUUGCAUGAUGGAGACACGUGGCUCGCGUUCUCAGGGGCGACGCUGGUGCUCCACCAAACUCCGUACGAAGUCUUUGACGUCUCGGAGCUGGACGGCGGGAGCAGCUCCAGCGAUUCCUCAGGUGAAGUCAGCUUUACGAGGGAGUAUGAGUUAAAGGUGACGGUGGUGGACAACGCGUGGACGACGGACAGCAUUCGCAAGGCGACAGCAGCGCCCAAACCUUUGAGCUUCCUGUCGGAUGGCGCGUCGAUGCAGGUCACAGCAACCGUGGAGAAAAGCCGCUCCAUUGAGGUGGACAUCUCGUCGCUACUGGCUCAAGUUCUACCCACCCGACUCUCCGUUGUAUCCCUCCAAAUCGAAGUACUGUCGGAAGGAGGCAGCACCGAGUCGAUCGCCACGACGCAGUUGUGUUCGUCGGUCUUCGAGCGGAAGCUGCGUCCUCUUCUGGCGCUAUCGUACCAGUUCCCGAACAUUCUGAGCGGUCUACAAGCAAAUCAGAGCUCGACGGCUGUAUCGCUGGAGACCAAGAAGCCCCUGGAGGCCUCGUUAGCUACCAACGGGGCGAAGUACGAUGACUCGGUCGACAGCGUCGUCGAUGUGGCUACAACUACCAGCGAAAGUGAGCCGUGGUGGGAGGUGACGCUGCCUCAACUGACGAGGCUGGGCACAUUGGCAGUAUUUCUACCGGCAUCUAUCGUUGAAGAGAAUACAGGCUCCGAUGUUCUCAACAUCGUCCUGAUUGCGUCGCUGAAGGCGUUUGAUUCCAAGGAUAUGUCGCUGGAAGACGCGCUUACGUACGGAUGUUCAAGUGCGUGUCCUCGUGUGCAGCGCCUACCCGUUCAGAAGGGGAUUCUACUAUGGGACGUCCAGGCCGGUGCAGUCGCUGUGCGAAUCUAUCGCGAGGGAACAGGAGUGCUGCAGCUUUCUCAAGUGAAAGCCUUUGAGCCCUUCAUCUCGGUGACUCCAACGGCGAAUGGAGCUGGUAUCCGCUCCCGACUGAAGUCGGACUGGGGCACAAACACUGCACAGUUGCAAUCGUGGCGUCUUCUACAGACAGUGAGAAGAUCUGAGAACGAGAACCUGGCCGUGGGGGUGGCUACUAGACAGAGCAGCACGAGCCCAAGCGAUGCGUUGUCGUACCUGGCUGUGGAUGGCCUGAAACACACCGACUGGGACCCUCUUAUUAUCCAAGACGAAGGAAACAAUGGCACGAUGGCAGCAGGGAGCACGCGAACGGAUGUGGGCACCAAUCCAUGGUGGGAAGUGGACCUCGGUAGCGUGAAGCCGAUUCGCUCUAUCGUGCUGUAUCCGUACGUGGGGAGCCACUACGACGAGCUCUGCGCGCCUAUAACAACAUCUACUGGCAGCAAUGGUUACCCAGCAUGGAGUGGCGACCUGUACGACUACAGUCAUACGGACUCGUUACUGCAACUCAAGGCUCCGUUUGUUCAGCAGUUCGACGUAUUGCUGUCGGCCCAGCCACUGACGAACAGCGAUGGCACUGCUUCUGGGGCCUCUGCUACCGCCACCAAGACGCUGUCGUUUUCGUGUGCCAACUACACCAACUCCAUUACGUGGGAUAGUGUCUUCUCCACCGCGAGGUUUGUGACUGUACGGAAGCAAGGCACAGGCGUCUUGAUGCUGAACGAGGUGGAGGUGGAACGCUGGAAUCCAGCCACAGUAUCGCGUUACUUGUUGCUGGACUUGUUUGGAUCAGGGGCAAAGCCGCUCGCAGUCACCAGCGUGCAAGUCUUCCCACCCAGCGACGUAGCCCCCACAGACUCAACCAUACUAUCCGUUGCAUCUCCGAUACCGUACACGAUCCACAGCGUAAGCUCCCAGUUAGCGACGUCGGGUGCAGGAUCCGCAAGCGCGCUGCUGAACGCGAAGGACAAGACGCUGUGCUAUGUGGCAGGCGCGACGUCCUACCACGAGUGGGUGGUGCUCGAUUUCGGCUCGCCGGUGGAGGUCGGGCUGGUUGACGUCAAUACCGACGUGAGUCAGUGUUCGUCGGCGAACGUGGAGACUGUCGCUGAGUUCUCCGUUGCGUCUCAUGGGUCGGCGCUUGAUGGAAUCCGCAGUGACGCCGCAUCAGCGGCUCUUAGUUCCGAGGGAUUGUCGACUACAUGCGCGCUGGAUGCCACGGGGGCGGUUGUCACUCCAUCCUCGCAGUGCACAAACUACGUUUGUGGAGGAACGGCGUGUCAGGCGCCUCUGAGCGUGAAGAACUCGGCUGGGAGUAGUUUGAUCCUCAGCGACUUCGUUGACAUUGCGGUUCUGGGCAAGGCGGGGCUGCUGCCAGUUGAUCGACUCCCGUUGUCGGUGAACGAGCACCGCACCUUGUUACUGCGUGACAACCCAGUGGUUAUCUGGCCGUUCGACGACGCAGCCAAGGUGCUGGUUAGCACUGACGAGAGCGAGACGGCGUGGGAAGGGAAGAGUCGAGCCACGGGCGCGUUGAUGCUACCGACGACUUCGACUGCGGUGGAUUUGAAGAUCGACGAUACGUUGGAAGCGACGUUCUUCUCGGCCGCAGUCGCAGUGCAGCCGGCUAUGAGCUCGUUCUCGCUGGAGUUCUGGUUCGACAUCAGCGCGGAGUUCAUCGCUGCUGCAGCAGAUUUUCUGCCGGCUGAGGCCGUGACAAUGUACGGCAACGAUGCAAGCGGCGGCCAAGUGACCUUCGGAACCGUCGGAGUUAGCAGCAAGACUGCGCGGUUCUACUUCGAGAUGACAAACGCAGCGGAUGGGACAGUGUGUCGAACAGAUCUCGGUGAAGACGCCGCCUUGCUGCCAGUUGCGGAGAAGUGGCACCAAGCUGUAGCGACCUACGAUCCUACCUCGUCCAGUAUCUCCCUCUCCGUAUGCGUCGCGGGGGAGCUGCAGACUACCAACUGCUACACGAGCACCGCGACGUGUAACAUGGCGCUGCUCAGUCUCACGCAGAAGAUUCUGCGCUUCGGAGCCCCCGAGCCAGACGCUGACGGCGGUGGGUUUAUUGGGAAACUCACCAACGUGGCGUGGUUUGCUCGAGCGUUGACUGUCACCGAGAUCAUGGACCAUUACCACGAUUUUCUCGACGGCGUGGCUACUGACGCGACGGCAGCACACAACACGUACUCAAUCGGGCUAUCGUCCAAGCCGCUGAGGCCAGUGACCGUGAAGAUCAACGCGGAGAGCGCGUGCUAUCGCUUCAACCUGUGCAACGUGUCGACUAUCCCGACUGUGCUGAAGUUCACAACGGAGAGCUGGAACCUGCCGCAGCUUGUGCACGUGCUCGCCACAGACGACCAGCUCUACGAGGGUUUGCAUACUACGGACGUGUUCCACGUAGCCUCAAGCCCAGCGUUGUAUCAACUCACGUCGACCGCUAGCACGGCCAGUGUGAAUAACGCCACAGGGGGUCAGCAACUACUGCAAGAGCUCAACGAGUCGGUGACGGUGUUCUACCGCGAUUUAGUGCUCUACGGGGUCUUGCAGAGCAGCGACAAGCGACUGACGCGACGGAAUGCGCUGGUAGACUUGCAGGCGCAGUGGGCCCAGCAGCCAGUCAAGGAGGUCGUCGUCGCUGCCAACGUGUACGCCGAGCCCACCCCAGUCACGCCUGUGCUGGUGACAAUAACGGAUCUGGCCGUGCCAGGCAUUGAGUUCUCCACUGCGUCGCUCAGCGUAUCCGAAGACGGCAAAGGCAACGACUACCAGGUGGUGCUGCUCUCCGAGCCCACCGAAGAGGUGCGCGUGAGCCUCCACAUCGCCUCUGGCUGCUAUCGACGCUGCAUUUCAAGCCCCUUGUGUCCCUCGCACUCAGUUGAGCUGGCGGACGGGACGUUCGCUGCAGCAGGAGACGACUCGUUCUUGAGCUGUGGCGAUGACACGGAAAGUAUGAGCACGAGCGCGCUAUUGUGUAAUGUCACGGUCUCCCCGGACAUCCUCAUCUUCUCGCCGGAAGACUGGAGCUUGCCCAAGACGGUGCGCGUCCUCGCAGUUGACGACCAUCUCGACGAAGAAGACACGCACUUGACCAUUAUCCGCUCGACGUCGGCGAGCCUCGAUUCUGUUUACAACCAGCUCGUGCUCCCGGAUAUUGUCGUCGCGAUCGCGGAUAACGACAACACGGACAUGGAGUACUCGACGAAAGUUGUGGCUCUCUUCGAGAAAAGCCUAGAUCUAUCCACUCUCAAGUACCCGCACGCGGACCACUACACGCUCAAGUUGCUGACAGAGCCGUACGCCAAUGUCACCAUCGCAAUGAGCAACGAGGCCAACGCCGUGUGCUAUCGGCGCUGCGGCUACCCCUUUGACGAGACUUCGUGCGGACUUCCACGUCAGCAGAGCGUGAGUUUGGUGCACCUGCGCUCCAACUCGACGCGGGAGAUCCACCAGAUAUCGCUGCGCAUGACGAAGAUCACGGAAAUGCAGCGCAUCGUGACGUACGCGAGUCACGUGGAUCAAAUCGUCCAGCUGCAAGUUACUGGUGGAUUCGGCUUGGAGGUUCAGGCGAUCGUCUUCCAGUUCAACGACGUCUUCAAGACGCGAUAUAAAUCCGGCGACGCCAUCGCAGCCGCUACGAGCUACGGCAGCACGUUCUCGAUCUCAACUGGCGCGGGUGCCAGCUCCACAGCCCUCGACAUGUUUGCGACGGCUCUGCAAGUGCAAACCGCAGUGAACGGUCUGUUUCCCGGAACCACCAACGCUGUCAGUGUCACGCGGGACGUGCAGUACACUGCAUCGACACUGACGUGGAGUAUCACGUUCCUGCGGUUCGUGAGUGCGGAUGGCGCGUUACCACUGUUGUCUGUAGCAGCGAACGGGGCGAUUGAAGGCACAAUUUCAAGUCAACGGUCGAGAGCAAGCAGUUCUCCUACUGGGGCACUUAAGCUCAGCUACGGUGCAGCGACGUUCACAGUAUCGAUGCCACCUACUGCAGCUGCGCUUCAGACUGCUCUGGGUUCACAGGCUGGGAUCUACUCCGUAUCGGCUUCUCGGCGGCUUCUCAGCGGUGGGGGCUACGGAUUCCAGUACAGCGUCACGUUCGUGAGCGUGGACACCUUCGCCAGUUUGGUCGUGAAUUCCACAGCCAGCGUUGUUGCUUCCCCCGACGCCAUCACCCCGUUGUCCGUAUCGGUGGUAGAAACUCAGUCACCAGUGCUGAUCGGUGGAGCGUUUGUGAUCGACUACUUCACGCCGCUCAACAUCACCACGACCGCCAAGCCGAACCGCACGGUGCCGAUCUUUUGGAACGACACGGCCGACACAGUCGCUACCAAGCUGGGGCAGCUCCAAGGCCUAGCGAACGUCACUGUGUCUCGACAGAAACUCACUGCGGAAGGAGGGAUGGCGUGGACUGUCCAGUUCCUGCAGAACUACGGGAACCUCCCCAGUAUGAUCGUAACUCCAUUAAACCUGACGGGCAAGGGGGUCACGGUUGGAGUGAACACCGUGCGGGACGGAGAGCCCUUAAGAGGGACCUUCUCAGUGCAAAUGGGCGGUUGGUUCAAGAAGACCGACCCGCGCACAAGCCGCGCGUACAUAAUGAACCUCCCGCUGAAGAAUACAACGGCGUUGCCCUUCAACGCGACGUCCUGGAGGCUCCGCAAGGCGCUCUUUGCUUUGGACAUCACGGAAAUGACAAAUGUGACGCGCGCGGGCGUGGACUGUGACGUCUUUAACGUCUGCAACGGGUACACGUGGACUAUCAGCUACCUCAACAGUCCAGGAAACCUGCCGCCUAUCGCGGUGUUCGCGGACGAUCUGAUGCGCCAAGCUCCAGGGAUGACUCUCACCUCCACGACUGUCGCCAACGGGACGUACUUGAGAGGAAGCUUUUCGUUGCGGCUUGAGCUGCUGGAUCCGAUCACGAAUCGGACGUACGUCGGCACGACGUGGAAGUUACCCGUCAAUGUGAGCGCGAUAGGCAUGGACGAAGCGUUGGAGGCGCUGCCCUUUGUCCGCUCGAACCGUGAGGCCGAAUACGACCCGGAAACCAAGGUCUGGCGCGGUAUCAAGUUCGAUAAGGGCGUGCGCGUGUACCGAGAGGGGCCGUAUCUCGAUGGAGGCCACACGUGGCGGCUGGAAUGGGCGCUGGAGGACUACAUGCGCUUCGCGGACCUGAAAAUCACCACGGAUGUGUCGCUGGUGACGCAGGAGAUUGAGCCGCUGCCAGUGCCGUCCGAGCUGGAUCUUCAGGGCAAACCGAGAUGCUCGGCGAUCCCCACAGCGAUUUUCCAGGCAGAUCCGACCGAUCCGUUGGGCCUUCGAGGGUUUUGCGUCUACGCCAUCGCCAACGAGACAGUGCAAGAGCGAUUCCUCUGCAACUACACGGUGCUGAACCCGUGGAUCGUGUUCACGCCUGAGAACUGGUGCGUUCCCCAGCAAGUCAAGCUCGAAGCUGUUGACGACUUCCUCGACGAAUACACGACUGAGAACGGCACCGAGACGUUCUCAAAGGUGACGCACACCGUGUUCAGCGACGACUACAUCUACUUGGCGCUCCCGCUGCCAGACGUGACCGUCAGAGUCGAGAGCGACGACGUCGCCAAGGUGCUCGUGUCCGAGUCGGCGCUGGAGGUGAGCGAGGACGGCGUGCUCGUGGCUCAGUACUUUUUGCAGCUGAACUCGGAGCCGCUGGCCGACGUGAAGAUCGUGGUUCUACCCUGGCUUGACAGCGACAGCACGCAGUGCUACCGCUUCGGACUGUGCAACCUCACGCUCCCAGUGAGCGAGUACGUCUUCACGCCGCAGAACUGGGACGUACCGCAGAAGGUCGCAGUGCUUGCUACCGAUGACAACCUGGACGAGUACGAUACGCACAUGACGGGCAUUUCGCACGUUUCCUACAGCGCCGACCCCAAAUACAACGCGAUCCCGACGAUCCCCAAGAUCAGCGUGACAGUGCACGACAACGACGCAUCGGGCUUUAUCGUCAGCAAGUCAAGUGUCUUCGUGACCGAGGGGCUCCUCGGAGCCGUCGAUUCAUACACCGUCGUGCUAGCUUCAGAGCCGUUCGCGAAGGUGACCGUGGCCGUCACCAACUUGGGGACAGUGGGGAAUCUCGCCGUGCCAAGCCCCACGAAGCUCGUGUUCACGUGGCGCAACUGGAAUAUAACGCAGACGGUGAAUGUGACAGCGUUCGAUGACCACACACAGGACGUCGUGGGCUCUUCGAGCACGCUCAAUCACUCGCUUACGACGAACGAUGUGAUCUACGCUGGACUGAAGAACCUGGCGGGCGUCAAGGUAUCCAUCACCGACAACGACGUGUCCGGGAUCGAGCUGUCCACGCGGGAGCUGCGCGCGCCCGAGAGCAACACGAGCGUGCUGUCAUACAACGUCCGUCUCACGUCGGAGCCGUGGUCGCCGGUGGUUGUACGCCCCAACGCCAGUCACGACUGCUACCUGCGCAUCCAAAGCGGAGAGCACGCCUGCAACGCGAGUAUUCUGAGCGGCUGUACCUCGCUCUACUUCAGCGCUACGAACUGGAGCGUGUGGCAACCUGUGUCUCUCAUUGCCGUGGACGACUGGCUAGACGAGGCAAACGUCCACACAGCUCGGAUCUCCCAUGCGUCACUCAGUUCGGACCCUUUAUACGCAGUCAGUGACUACGCGGCAAGUGGCGGAGAUCUCAAGCUCUACAUCACCGACAACGACGUCUCGUUCGUCAACAUCUCCAUCCAGAGCGCGACUAAGCAACUCCACGUGGCUGAGGGCAGCUUCAACGACUCGUACAGCGUCUUCCUGAACUCGGAGCCGUACGAAUACGUGACACUGACGCUGCGCCCCACGAUCGAGAAGAUCGUGAGUCUCGCGGACUCCGUGUACACGCAGCCGCAGAUCGGCGCUUCCUUCGGUUCUUCCUCGUCUUCAGCGAUGACUUUACUUGGAACGGAGGCGAUCCGCAGCAUUCAACUGGUCUUCACGCCGCUGGAUUGGUCGCGUCCGCAAGUCGUGACCGUGUUUGCCAUCGAUGACGAGAUAUCGGAAGCUGCCACGCAGUAUUCGUCGGUUCUCCACGCCGCGUCGAGUGCUGAUGCGAACUACAACAUCUCCAACAGCUCCAUCGGCGUCGUCAGUGUAUCCGUCAUGAUCAGCGACCGGGAGGCGAUUCCCCCUCCGCUGCCGGUGACUGCGAAAUUCGACAGCUCCGGCUCAAAGGUCAACAUCGCCUUCGACUCGUCGGUCUUCCACGCGGCUUCAAUGGACGUCAGCUCGUCUGGAACGUAUGUGUCUCGCCUCAAGACUUUCCCGUGCAGUCUCGUGUUCAAUCUCGUUGCGACCAAGUAUUCGCUGGGCUCUGCCGCGUACUGUUUGUGGGUGGAUGGCAAGAACCUACGCAUCGAGCUGAGCAACGGAGCGACGUUGGCUGCGGCUGACAAGCUGGUGCUGAACGACUGCAGCUCCUUUGCCGAUCAAUACUGUACCGCAGCGGACGUGCUGCGCGCGCGGCCUAUCAGCCGUGCGUUCUCUCAGGCUUCGAUCGCGGUGCAGGCUCCGAGCGACAUUGUCCAGCCCAGCGCGGUGCUUGUAGUCCCCGAGAAUGUUGGCAGCUGUGGAGCCUGGUCAGCCGAUGCGUCGCUUUCAAGUGGGGCCGGUGGUCGGCCGUUCGCGCAGUUGCUUUGGUUCGCUCUCCCUGCCUCGCUGUACUCCAGCUCAGUCUCUCAGACAAGCGCGGAUGCAGGGUUGGCGUUGUAUCAGCGCCUCAACGCCGGCCUUGAGCUGCUGUGUCAGAAGUACAAAAGCGACUGGAUAACGGGCACGUCAACCCUUACGGCAGUUCCAGCUGCGGACAUCGCGCUCGCUACGGCGGCGAACACCAACGCAGCGUCGGAUCUUACCAUGCUAUCCACCAUGGCACAGCUUCGCUCCGCCUGCUACGUACGAUCCGCUGCGCAAAAUGCCACUACAGCGAGCUCUUUGCUCCUUCGCGUCAACAGUUCGCUGCUGGAACCAGGCGCUGGAUACCGUGUUGGGUUGAAGCUUGUGAACGCCUUCGCUCAAACGACGGUGGUCUCGAAGAGCGUGAGCGUGCAGAGUCAACCAGGACCCGCAGUGUUUAUCGUGGGCGAGUCGAGCCAAACCGUGACGCGCGUCGGAUCUCCAGUCGUGAUGCAGGUUGAUGCUGCUGUGAGCUGUCCGACUUUGUCAAGCUCGGACGUCGCCUAUCGCUGGACUACAACCAGCAAGAGCACAGACGGCUCCGGAGCUGUCGCGACGGUAGACUUUAGCAAGGACAACUCGGCACGCGACCCGCGCGUCUUCCGCUUGGCGCGCUCGUUGCUGCAAGCUGGCCUCACGUACACGUUCCGAGUCGAAGCGUACAUGAAGAGUGCGUCAUCCAACCAGUCGUCGAGCAGCUUUGCAUCUAUGGUGGUGGUCGUCUCGAGUAGCUUACCACAAGUCACGAUCAAGGGCGGUGACUGUGCUCUCGGUGAACGAGACACUCUAGUGCUUGAUGGCUCCACAACAGUUGAUCCGGACGCCUCAAGCACAGCGUUCACGUACACGUGGACGUGCCAGGACGUCACGAACACGUCGGGCUCGACUGUGGCUUCGUGCAUGAACGCGUCAGCCACGCCGUCGGUUCCUCUGUCUUUGAGCUCCGCGACUGGGCCAGUGCUGCGAAUCGCGCCAUUCAACUUCGUCUCUGGUCGCCAACUGAAGUUCUCGUUGACUGCGGCCAAGGGGUCUCGCAGUGCGACGGCUUCGAGUGUUAUUUGGACUGUUGCUGGUUAUCUCCCGGUCGUUCAGGUCACUGCGUCUGCCUCGAAGAUCAAUCCCUCGAGCCGCUUGUCUCUUACGGCUGCGGUGAGCUCGGAUUAUCCCUACACAACGCGGUGGACUCAGACACUGGGGGACCUCGUUCUUCCUACCGCCGACGUGAGCAACACGAGCGACGCGUUCACAUUGCCACUAACGAGCGCGAACAACGCGAUUCGCAGCUUCAAACUGACGCCGGGACUCACGUACAACUUCCGACUCGUGGCCAACGACACCGGAGGCAACGUCGGCUUCGGCUCAGUCACGGUUGUGGUGAACUCCCCGCCUACAUCUGGUACUUUCACUGUGAGCCCGAGCUCAGGAUACGCCAUGCAGGACUCGUUCACGCUCACUUGCUCGUUGUGGAGCGAUGACAAGGACGACUACCCGCUGUCGUACUCCUACGGAGUUCUUUCGGCCGCGAGUUUCAAGCUGCUGCAAGAUAACGCGGCGGAUGUCAACGCGUUGGUAGCUCAGCUACGGAAAUCCAUGACGCCGUUGGUGGCGACGCAGUUGUCGCCCACGGCGACUACGAAAAUGUUUCCGCCUGGCAACUUGGCGGACAGCGAGAACGUGACGAUCGUGGCGUUUAUCAGCGAUCGACUGGGGGCAGUGGCGCUGGCUUACGACACGAUCGAGGUGCUGCUGCCUGAAGCUGCCAAGGCGCAGCCGACAACGUUCCUUUCGAGCCUGUUUGAUGCGAAUCACAACCUCAUUUCUAGCGGCGACGCGUCGGAGGAUGUGCGUCAGGUUUUGUCGGCUUCGAUGGUGCUGGAGACGGCGUUCAGCUCGUCGUCGUCGUCCGAUGGGCCUACAACAAAGACUCGACGCCUUGCUAGUUGCCCAGAAGGAUUGGUGGGGGCCAACUGCGCUACGGAGAUCGCUGUUGUCCAGCAGAUGAAUGCUGCCAUCUUGGCCACAGUAUCGACUGCAGUUAGUACGAUGGAGCCAAGCAGCUCGGGUCUUGGCCUACAAGCGCACGUGAUCAGCUCGGUGAUGCGCGGCGCGCCGCAAGUACUGAGCGCGAGCGAGAUCAGCCUUGUGACUCAGCUCAGCAGCGGCAUCGCAGGCAGCGCGCUUACGCUGGACGCGCCGGGCGAAUUCUUGGAUCUGACGAGCGACACGCUACUGGAAGUGAUAGCCGUGCUCCUCGGGCUCAGCAGCCCUAUUGAGUCUGCUGGGACUCGCGCGAACUGGAACAACAUGGUUCGUACGCUUCAGUCUCUAGCGACGUUGAGCAGCGAGGGAUUGCUAGGUGACGAACCGCCUACUACGCUGGAAGCAAGUGACGUGCGCACGUAUUCUUCACGAGGUUCGAGCUUCACGGACGCGCCCUCAAGUGAGCUGUCCAUGUCGCUCACGUCCACUUCCGUAGCGUGUCUGGGAUCGGACCUCUACCUCGACGCCUUCUCACUAGCCAAGAGCCCGCACUCAGCGUGUACGUUGAACAAAUCCGAGGCCAUCUCUCGCCUCACUCUGUUCUCGGUGCACUCCCAAGCUGCGCUCGAUGAAGCUGCAGCGGUGACGACGUAUUCGUCUGACGCUGGUGUAGACAUGCAGACGCUGGCCAGUACGAGCACGUGUGUCCGAGCAGCCUCUGAUUCCAUGCGGCGCCUGACAUCGGACGAUACCGAGGCUGAGACGGAGAAGUGGAUGCCGCUAGUUGCCCUCACAAUCCCGCACCAGCGCGAACUGUCAGCCAUCGAGCAGAGCAACUUCUCGACCGCGUGCAAGACUUGGGAUGCGGAGAUCUCGAGCUGGUCGGUGGACGUGUGCUUCAAGGACGACAGCAUGAGCACAAGCGAGAUGACGGUGUGCUACUGCAGAGAGGUGGAAUCGGCUCUGGAGGUGCUGGUGACGCUGGAAGAGCGCUUGGACUUCUACGCGCUGCAUCCGGAGUUGUACCGGAACGACCAGCCGUCGCUCGUCGUCAGCGUCACGCUCGCCGUCCUCGUUGGGGUCUUCGUGAUCGUUGCUAAAGCUGGCCAGACCUUGGAUGCACGAGAUGCGCAACGGGAGAAGCUCACUACCAUUAAGAGACUCAACCGCGCCAAGUGGAGUGAGCUGGAGGCCCGCACUCAAGCGACCAACGUAUUGGAGGACUUUGACUCGUUCUAUGUCGCUCAGAAGAAGAAACGACUGGAAGCUCGACCACCUUCGGAAGCGCCAACAGCACCCACAGUCGUGGGUGAGUCGUCGGCCGUGCUCUUCUCGUCGUCUACGCGUGGACUCCCUGACGAGGCUCGCACGCUGUUCGGGUCGUCGCCACUGGUAGACCGACAAUACCGACGCAUGACGCUGCUCUUCCGAUUGAGUAACCUCGCUUUAGCGCUGCUAGGCGUCUUGCUGCUGUUCGCAGGACUGGAAGUGCAGUUCGUGCUUGGACGGACUCCAGCGGAACUUGUGUUGUACUUGUACGGGGGCCCUCUGGGCAUCGCGCUCAUGGUGGGCGGUACCGUGCUGAUUACUGGAGGAAUCUCGGGAGUUCUUCUUGCACGACGGGGGGCGUCUCACGCAGCUCGGACUGCGUAUUUAUCCUCGCUAGGCGUCGGUCUGUUGGCCCAGCUGCUCGCUGUUAUGUUCGCGUAUCACUUGCUCGAGAACUUCAACGCCAUGCCGCGAGGUGUGGCGCUGGCGCUGAAGUCUCACUGGGACGCACUAUCCUCGGACGACAAGACCCAACUCCAAGUAUCUUACGGAUGCUGUGGUUUCUUGGCUAUCAGCGAAGAAGGCUCUUGUCCGGAGGAAGCUCUCAAUACAGUCCCGCCCCGCACGUGUUCGGCAGUUCUCGGAGCUCAGGCAUCGACGCUAUUCUCCAGCUCGUUCGUCUACGUGGAGGCUGUGCUCUUUGUCGAGAUCGCGUGUGUUGCUCUGGCGAACUUCCUCGUGCGCUGGCGUCGGAUUCGACUGGUUCAGCUUGCCACAAGCGGUGCCAACGCUAGUGCUGAAGCUUCCAUCGCUCGCUCGCUCGUAUCCGUUGCGCUAUUGUGCUCACUGCCGCCACUGUACGCGUUAUUGGCUUGUGCUGCUGCUGGCGCUGUGCUUUUCGGAGUUGACUUGAUGGUUCAGUGGGGCGCGAUGGCGGACCCGCUCGUUGCUGCGCUGUUUGGAGUGGAGAUCGGCGCGUUGAUUGUCGCUGGAGCUACAGUUUAUUUUGCUAUUGCUCUCUGGUCAAUGUACGCGCUAGGCAGGCGCGACGUCCGAGCCCUACGCUGGAUCGCUGGGCUCUCGUUGGUCUUCUUGCUGUUUACACUUGCAGUGCGCGCAUACUCUGGACGGAUGCUUGGCGACUUCCACGUGGAUCCGUCGAUCAGUCGCGCUAUUGAGGCCAAGUACACUGCACUUCCGCUCUCAUCAACGCUUCUGAAUCUGGAGAUGACCUUGGGCUGUUGCGGCUUUCGAGACUACACGCAAGGCACUUGUGUGGAAGACUCGUCGAAUAUUGGUCUGCCUACUUGUCGUGAACAAGUAGAGACAGCUUUGGAGCGCGCAAUGUCUUUAGCGAUCGAUCGACUAACGGGAUUUGUGGUUGCUGAAGCUGUUGUGCUAGUGCUGCUGGUUUGGCUGUGUCUGCGCCUUCGACGCUUCGCUUCUUUGGCUGCGAUUUCUUCUGCACAAGCGGCUAUUGAAGCUACCUGCCCUCGUCAACCCCUGACACUAUUCCAACAAAUCUUCGUAGUGGUGUUGGCAUUGCUGAGUCUCGUGGCUGCAGCUGCCGGUAUUGGAGUUCUGUGUCUGGGGGUCGAUGUGCUCUUCGAGCUCAACGUGCUGCAGUUGUCGUACUUGCUUCGUGUGUUCGACCGCCGCUUAGGUGCCUAUCUGCUCAUUUUUGGUGGUGGAAUGGAGCUCUUCGCGUUGUUCGGCAGUGUCGUGGCGUGGUUCGGCGCACAAAGAACGCCUCGACGCAAGACGAUGAGGAAGUGGGUGGUGAACAGCUACUUGGUAGCGUGUGUGGCGCUGUUUAUCACUGCGUUCAUGCUGGCUGGAGUUGGACAUAAGCUUUCAGUGCGUCUAGCACCUGCGACUGAGGGGGACGAUGUCACUGCCAACGAGAUAGCGGUUGAUUCGCGUCUCAAGGAUCUGUGGAGCUCAGCGCCGUCCACUACGAAACUAUUCGUACAGAAUACGCUCCAGUGCUGUGGCUUCGAGCGUGUUGAAGCGGCUAACGGAUCCGUAACGUACACGCUCCAAGCUGAGCAGUUUGGAUGGCGGAGACUCACCUCGACGUCCACGUAUCAAGUUUACAGCUCGAAUCACGACCUGGAGUCUCAGAGAACCCGCGUGCUCACUGAGACUCGAGCAGAGACGACGCUGGUAACUGACAGUACACAGUGUCCACCCGAUGCCAUCGACGGUUGUGCCACCCCCAUGAAGCAAUACGUUUCUCGUGUAGCCCGUAUCGCCUGGCAAUUGUGCAGCGGACUUGCCACCUUCAGUGUUGCAGCGUUGUUCUGCGCCAGCGGCUUACGUGACAUCGAUCAAUUAUCAAGACAAUGGCAGCCUGGCUGGCGACUUCGCGUUGAGCGCUUGGCGCUGCUGCUCAUGGUUCUGGUAGGGACUUUAGCUGCGUUGGUGUGCUUCAUCCUGGGCUUGGACGUGGCUGUCGGGUGGACACUCUUCAGCUCCAGCGCCUUCCAAAUGGUGGUUGCUCGGUCAAUGGGCUCGGUGUUGAUGCUGUACGGCGUGCUGGCUCUACUCACCCAUGCGUAUUCAACUCGAGCCGCCCUUCGCUUCAGCGUGCAUCAAAUGUUCUUGCAGUGCGUUGCUCGGCUGGUACUAGCUGCCGCAGUGUUUGCGGGUGUGGGGUUCACAGCUUAUCUGUCGCAUUACUCGUCAGCGUCGGACGCAACUUGGCACGCGCAGCUGACAGACUUCCUAGAUGAACAAUGGAGCUUACUGACGCCCUCCACACAGAAUACGAUCGCGCUCGAGUUCUCAUGCUGCGGGUUUAAUGACCCCGUGCUGGUAGCUGGCCAAGGCAUCGUGUUUGAUCGACCAGCGCUUGGCUACCCGGGCUGUUCCCUAACGAUCUCGCGUGGCUGCAAGGGACCCCUCGUGACGGGAGUUGAGUCCUCGUUUACGUGGCUGUUUGCCUUCUUACUAGCACUUGCGCUGAUGGAGAUCGUGUUGUUCUUCCUCGGCGCUCUCGUCCUUCGUGACGUCCGCAACUACGAGGCAGAAGCGUGGUUCGCUUUGGAAAGCCGGCUGCGCUAUGUUGCGGGGAGUUUCAGACGCGAUUUCCGGCGGCAGCACGUGCUGGUUUCAGUUGGUGCGAGGUUUGACGCGCGCCUCACGCGCGCUCAGCGUGCAGUGAGCGUGCUUUGUGCUUGGGCGGCGUCGCUCGCGGUGUAUGCAGGCUAUUACGCCACAAAAGGAUGCUACCGGACGUCGUUGAAGUCGUGCGAGCAGCCAGGUGCAGGCGAACUACUGGGCUUUGGGCUAGUGUAUGGAGGCGCUGUCGGAAUCGCCGUGCAGACUGUGACUGUCGCGUUGUUCGAGCAUGUGCGGCACCGUGCCGACGAUGAAACCAAGGAGGUUGCUACUGCUAGACAGCGGAAGGAGAAGGUGCUGCUCUUCCGUGGGCCAUGGUUCCGACGGCGUCGCGCCGAGACGCAGGAGUCAGCCAAGGUCAUGGAGCAGUCGAUCGUCGCAGGAGAGACUUCGACGCUUGGCGCGACGCAAACCACGACCGAGGAGCGCUGGUUCGUGUGGCUCACUCGCUUUGUCGCCUUGGCGUUCCAGACCUGUGGGGUGGUUUUGUUCCUGGGAGGCUGCGCGCUUGCAACACUGCUUGGAUUACUACGGUUGGGCUACAACAACUCCCUGUAUGGUGUACCACUUGAUGAAGAUGUUCUGGAGCUGCUAGCGCUUGCGGUCGCACUCAUCGUCGUCUCACUGCUCGCGGCACUAGCCAACGAUUUACGUGAGCAGCAGAUUAAGCGCCCGCUUCGUCGCAAGAUGACCCCAGUGAUUGUGAUGCUUGUGAUCGUGGCGAUCGCUGCUGUUCUAGCGUUGGGCGCGGUGCUUCUCGCGGUGUUUAUGAUUCACGAGGUGGUUCAGGACGACGCGAGCGCCCUCAAUAGCUGGAGUGUCCGCACUACGGGCUUUAGCGUGGCGGAGCGACUCGAGACGGCGUGGAAAGAGGAACUCACGGGCUACGCCAAGGACACAGCGCAGCAGGAACUACGCUGCUGUGGGUUCUGGAGCGCUACAGACGCGCCGUUUCUUCCGUGUCCUGAAGGCGAUCCCGUGGAGGUCACUUACGAAGCAUUGAGUGUGAGCGGCGCUGUCGUGACUGAGACGAAAGAUGAGUUCACCACCUUGCCAGGGUGCCGCGCAGGGAUGCUCGCGCGCUUCCAGCGAGGUGCGGACGUGGCGACGUACUGCGCGCUUACCGCUGCAGGGCUGCUGUUCCUGAUGGUGGUCACCUCACUCUUUCUCGCGCGCGAGCUGGCGAUUUCCAAGGACGCUAAACUGAAGCUGCGAGUGCCAGACUCUGGCGCCAACGAGGACGAAGUCAAGCGAGACGUGCGCGAAACAUUUGAGACGGUCGUCGGGCUCAAAAUCGCCGUACCAGCUCGGGGCAAGCUGCGCUCGCAGUUGUUGGCUUCGAGUCUGGAUAGCGUGGCGCCUACAGUUGCAAGUGAACUGGCCGCAGCACCUUUGAAACACGAACAGGUUGUUAUCUCCAGCGCACUGUCCAACGAGGUAGACCGUGGCGUUGAUGACGGUGUGGCUCUUGCCGAUUCGGUCGGUGUCGGUGGUGAUGACAGCGAGAGUGUGCCGUACCCGGCAUCGAUAGUGUACGUGGUGUUCUCCAUUUGUCUGGUAUGGCUAGCAAUCAUGGCCAAUGUCGUGGCGAUCAGUGCGAUGGAGCUGGGCUUGGCCACGUCGUGUCACUGCGUGUUGGCCUGGGCCGUGGGUGUCGCUAUUCAGGAGCUCGUAGUGGAGCCCGUCGUGAUUUUCGCGUCUAUCGUAGCGCGCACGCUGCGUGACUGGUGGUCGCGCACUCUAAUUGCAAGGAUCAUCCGUCGAGGCCGCGCUCUGCUGCGUAUCGGGCCGCAAGACGCGAGAGCAUUGGAGCGCGAGCAACUGGGUAAGUCGCUGACUCUGUACGAUCGCUUGCGUUAUGCUGCUGCUGUGCGCAUCCAACGCCGCCUGCUGACGAAGGUUACACGCGCUCGCUACCUGCGUCAGCUUCGGGCGCACAAGCAGGAGCAACAUCGUUUACUUGCAAUCGAUGCCUUCCGCUUGUUGUUCGCAUCCGCAGACGCGGCGCAGCUUGGCUUGGUGUCACACACGGCCAUCGCGCAGGCCGUUUAUGAUCUGGGCGUGCACGUGCCAGCUACGAAAGUCCGUGAACUGCUGGAAGACUUCGAUCCGGCCUAUGCGGAUCUUGUGGACUUUGAACACUUCUUGUACGGCAUGCACUGCGUGCGCGUGUAUCACCAGCAGCUACAGACGCAAGAAGCUGAAGUCGCUGAACAGCCUAAAGCGAAGCGGAUCGACGACGAGAAGCUCGUGAGUUCGUCCGAUCGCUUCGGUCCUCGUGCGGACCCGCGAGCCGAGCUGCUGGUCAAGCGCCAGAAUCUGCUGCGCGAGCUGCGAGACCGUCGCGAAUCGCUCGCACACAAGUUGAUGCGGAAGGUGAGCGGGAAGCUGCCGCCUUUGAUGCAGCGUGGUAAGAAUGCGAGGGCGGGGUCAAUCGACGAGGGCGACGAGUUGCAGGCGGAAGAUGAAGCGGCCACAGUAGGCGAUCAGCCUACGGGCACCUACGUCUUCUGGCAGAACCGCAAAUUGUCGCCCAAGAAGCGCGCGCUUGAGUCCGUCCUGAAGAAGAAACACCAGGCGAGGUUGCAGUCCGAGAAGCGGCAGCGGGAUGAAGCUGCGGUGGAGGGUUACGAUGCCCCCACGACCGCUAGAACCGCCGUAGAGCUGGAUGCAGGUCCGCGGCCGAAGACAUCGACGUCUCCUGCCAAGCGCGCUCUGAAGACUGUGGUCAGCAAGAGAGCUGUAGUCUCUCGAGGGAACACGGCAACAGCAAGAGCGGAGACUGCAGUGUUACCGCAGCCAACCGAGCCACCCAAGCCUGCGGACCCAGCCCCCAAAUCCUCUCCGAAGGCGGAGGAGGCCAAGCCCUUCGGCGCGUACAUGCUGCUCACGAAGCAGCCGCCGCCGUUCCGACCGCCGCAGAGGAAGCAGGAGGCGCCUGCUGAUGGCGAAGGUGCAGCCGACGCUGCUCCUGCUGCUCCCGUAUCUCGCCCCGUGACUGCGGAGAAGCCCAAACCCAGCGGCGCCCAGAGCGCCUUGGAGAAGGCGCUGCUCAAGAAACAGAAGCCUAAUAAGACCAAACCAAAGCCGUAG